AUGAGCCGACGCAACCACGUUGUGAUCCACCACACCGGUGUCGCUGGUUCCAAGGCGGCGGUCCAAAUCGAUCGAGGUGCCCCGCUGGGCAAGCUCAAUAUCGACCUCCCUUAUUAUCAAAGGUGGUAUCGGACGGCGGCCGCGUGUGAUGCUGCAUACCCGCUUGGUUGCCCAGUGCCGCUGAUGGAGGACCGGGAGACUGGGGCGGGCCUUGGCAUGACGGGUGGGUUUAGAUGGCACGACGAGACGCCUGCCGAGCUCGCCGAAUCUUACCACCGGGCUUUGACACAUGGGUUCACGUAUGAGGACGGAAGCUGCGGGUACUGGGGCCCGGACGAACUAUUGUGGUGGUCCUUGGACAGGCUAGAGAGCAUACGGAGGAACCUGGUGGAGGUUGUGGGCAAGUUGUGA